AGGUGCCAUACGCAGAGUCGACUCGGCCGUUUUUCACCUAUAAGGAGUCUAACUUCGAAGCGUGAAAUUUCAGAACUUCAUUAAGCUAAUCACAAGCAAUUCCUGCGCGUAGAAGACGAUACUGUGACCAACACACACCUUCUCUGUACUUUCAUCAGGUUCUCUCUCUACAUACACACAGUUAAACACACACACACAAAUUCUCUCUCUCUUGAGCUAAUGCUUUGAGGCCGGUUUACGUGGUUCGCAUUUAGAUUAGGUCUGUGGAUUCCGAAACAAGUUUAGUUUAUUCAAUCAACAUUUCUCUCUCUCUAUCGUUAGUCGUUACAGCUGUGUAGAUCGCUUGGAUUUGCAAUUGUAGCUCUAUAUCUGACAACACGAUGGUUUCCUUCGAAAUGAACGACCGCAAAAAGAUUGGGCUAGGACUGACAGGAUUUGGCAUAUUUUUCUCAUUCUUGGGAAUCAUUUUCUUCUUCGACAAGGGACUACUUGCUGUGGGAAAUAUCCUCUUCUUCUCAGGGGUGACAUUAACCAUUGGACUGAAAUCUUCCUUGCAAUUUUUCAUGAAACGUAGCAACUAUAAGGGAACAUUUUCAUUUGGUGCUGGCUUCUUCUUGGUUGUCAUUGGGUGGACUAUCAUGGGAAUGAUUUUGGAGGCUUAUGGGUUUAUCGUGCUCUUCAGUGGCUUCUGGCCAACAUUGGCAGUUUUUCUGCAGAAGAUACCUGUUCUUGGUUGGUUAUUACAACAUCCGUUUAUUAGAUCAACAUUCUCCAACCGUUACCAUGGCAAACGAGUGCCUGUUUGACCUUAAAUUCAUCAAGGGGCUGGAAGCUGUGUUGGAUGGCAUACUUGUAAUUGCUUGCUGACAGAUGCUGUAAAGAACUCAUUUGACCCAAAAAAAAAGAAGGAUAUUGCCUGAUCAACCUCAUCACAUGAUGACAGUAUAAAAUUUAUCAUUUGAUGAUUUUUUUUUUGGCUAGUGCAAUUGAUUUUUGAAGUGGGGAUUUUUCCAACCUAACUGCAUUUUUUGCAUUUAGCCGUAUACCAGAUUCUGUUCACUGAGGUUUCUAUCUUCAUGGCUUGGCUGGCAUGGUCGUGACCAUUACAUCACUUCAAAGUUUCCACCAUGUGGGUUAUUGAAGCUUAUAUAGUUGUGGGAUUUCAUUUCACUAAUGAAAUUUCUAUAUUUGAAGUAUCAAGCUACAAUUAGAUGGUUGAAUUUUUUUCCUGAUCAUUGACCUGUUUAUCCUAAGAAUAUAUUUUGACA